AUGUAUUUGAUCGCCAGUCUCCGAGUCGGACGUUCCGCUUUCCGCUCGCAAUCUGCGCGCAUUGCCCUUGACGCGCACCUCGUCAGCGUCUUGUCGAGCCCUGGUGGUCCCCCGCAGCCAGCAAACCCGCCACCAGCCAAGCAGCCGCCGACGUUUGAGGAGAUCCUCCAGAGCGUCGGCCCACCACCGCGCGUCGCACCCAUACGCUACCCCAGCCUAUGGCCGCGACCGCCAGACAACUCCACGCCGCAGCAGACCGCAGGCCCCUCCAAGGGCCCCGCCGACGCACCGGCCAGCCCCACGGCCCCCAACCCGGAGGCCGUGGCCACCACAAACCCGCCAGGCGCCGACCGCACGCCCGCCGCGCCCGCAACAGCGGACCCCGGACCCGCGGCCGCGCCCAUUGCAUCCCCGGACACACGCCACACCGAGCCGCAGCCGACCGUGGACCCCCCCAAGGGCCCCACCACAGCUCCGGCCCGCCCCGUCGCCCCCAACCCGGGGGUCACGGCCACCGACCAGCCCAGCGUCGCGCCCGUCACCAAGGCCCCGUCGCGGGCCCCGGACCCACGGUCGCGACCCCAAGAACCCCGGAUGCAAGGCUGCCGUCAAAAAAAGACAGCACGCGCCAAAAAGCGUACCAAAAAGAGCGGUGGUACACGGCAGCCUUGCAACGACAAAGGGGAGGGUAGAAGAGAAACCCGUUUUCUCAACUACCCACCCCCAAUCUCCGCACCAAAGAAGCCACCGCGCCCGACUCCUCGCCGGCAGAGCACCGCGCCGCUCCACGCACGCCCGCCAGACAACACCUGUCGUCGACCGCUGUCAGCCCGCGGAGCUGACAAACUGGGGCAACGAAGCCAGAGUAUCACCGCCCCACCACGACACACGCAGAAGCCAUGGGACACCCGCACUCGCCCCCGCCAGCUCCUAUGA